AUGAAAUUUGCAGAUCAUCUAGAUUUAAGCCUCAUCUCUCGUACGUUAGAAUGUCCUAACAUGGGGUUGUGCGCGGAGCUGCUGUACGCGGCCGCUGUGUUCCUCCUGUUGUGGCAAGCCUGCACGGCCGAGAUCUACGACGGAUUUCAUUUCAGCUAUGACGGGUUCGCGGACGGAGGCAAGUCCGACAAGGAGAUCUUGGACGAGCUGCUGAAGAGCUCGCGCUACGACAAGCGGCUGCCUGGGGCCGCCUGCGAAGUGACUGCGCCCGCCACCCACCCCACCCCACCCCCAUCCCUUCCCGCGUGCCGCCGCGGCCGAUGA